AUGCCUCCAUCCACGGCAAAACUAGACCUUGCAGAAUUUCACCGCUACCCGAUGCGUUUGAAACUUGUGGAAAACCAAUACCUAGCAUUGAUGGACUGCCAUGAAAAGUUCGUCUUCAUUCUAGCUAAGCAACCCCCAACUGGCAAAGACCUGGACGAACGUAUAAAGAAGAUAAUUGACGCAUACUGGCCAGAAGAAAAUUAG